AGACUUCUGUAUGCUGGGGUUUUGGGAGUCCAUAGACAAACAGUGGUGCUGGGGGACAUAAUCUUGAAUGAACUUUGGAAAUCUGUUAAAUACUGAUGUAGUAGGGAUAGAAGGGGUAUAUGCAGCAAUUGAUAUGGAGUGAGGCCAGAUAUACGAAAAACAUGUGUAGUACCAUUGUAUUGUCCAUACAUCAUAUUUACCAGCAUUACUACCAUUGAUCCAGCAUGAAGCUGGUCCCCUGUGAACUGGAUUAAUGGACUUUUACUGUAUUAUUAUUAUUAUUAUUAUUAUUAUUAUUAUUAUUAUUAUUAUUAUUAUUAUUAUUGUUAUUGAUCUGACACAACAUAUAGGGGCAGACCAAGUUCCUUGAGUUACCAUAGGAACUCCGAUAUCACCCAUAAUGCAAAAGGAGGAAGAAAAAUAAUAGUAGAAAUUGAAAGCUUAGAAUGUAGGCUUUAGGGACAGUAAUGAGUGUCCGUAGCAUGACAGAAUUAUGUGAGAUAGUAAUCUAGUAUGACCAAGAAAGAUAUGAGAAAUAAAACCAUGUAAAAACUUCUCAGGGCUACCUGAGGAGGUUGUUGACCUCACUCUCCCAUGAGAUGACCUCCUAUCAGGUGCAGCAGAAAGAUGGAGCGUGACAGAGGAAGGGAUGGAGGGGUGAGGUUGUCAGGUGUAUGAAGAGUUAGUGGGAAUGACCAAACUAAAAGUCUGACCUCAGCUUUGCCCACACACUCAAGGAGGCAUUGGGCACAGCUAUACAUGUCUCUUCAAUAGUGUCUUGCAGCCGUUACAGCAGGUGUCUUUCUGCCUUCUUGUACUACUGUUUAUGCAAACAUGGAAUGGAAGUGACUUAAACCAAAAGCGGACAGUGUUACAAGAGGCAGAUGCAGCCACUGAAUAAGUCAACACAUUUCAUCAAAAAACCUCACAGUAUCCAGUUGAUAGAAUUACCUGCCAAAUCAGAAAACCAGAGAAGAAUAAAACUUAGUGUGGAUUCAAGAAAGGGCUUCCCACUCUCAGGACUCAGCAACUGUCGAGGCCUUCGCAUAGCAGAUGUUCCAUCUCUCAAACAAAGGUUAAAGGAGUUAGAUUCAGCGGCAGAUCUUAUGUCCCUUCAUGUUGGUGAUAGAAUUCUUGAAGUUAAUGGAAGACCUGUUGAAGACCAUUGUAUUGAAGACAUUGAAACCCUUAUUGUUUGCUCACAUGAUGCCAUACAGUUGACUAUAGAACAUGACCCGGAGGAGGUGUCAACAAGGAGGCAAAGUUUCCCAUUUGUUUCACCCUGCCGAAAUGUUUCACCAGUGCAUGACCAGCAACAGAAGGAAGGCCUGAGAGAACGUCUGUUCAAGCGUCGAGACGAAGGCUAUGUGUCUGGCACGCAACGAAGCCGUCAACUAAGGCGAGGGCGAGGAUGUAAGGAGAGGGCGUCUUCACUUCCUAAGUUGUUAGACAAUGAGUGCUCUCGUGAGUCUGGCUACUAUGACCUCAGUAGAACUAAGUCAUUCCGUGUCGAGCCAAAGAAUCAUCGUAUCUUCCGUGCAUCUGACCUGACUCAAGGAGAGCUGCUUGGGAAAGGCUUCUUUGGGCAGGUCUACAGGAUGACUCAUUCACAAACAGGGGAAGUCAUGGUUCUUAAAGAACUGUAUCGAGUGGAUGAGCAAGCUCAAAAGAAUUUCCUGAAGGAGGUGGCUGUCCUGAGAAGUCUGAGUCACAAGAAUGUGCUAAGAUUUAUUGGAGUGUUAUAUAAAGAUCAAAAACUUCACCUUCUUACUGAGUACAUUAGUGGUGGUACUCUGAAAGAAUUAAUCCAUGACCUAGAAGAACCUCUGCCCUGGGAUCAGCGAAUCAGCUUCGCUAAAGACAUAGCCUCAGGCAUGGCGUACCUGCAUAACUGUGAUAUUAUUCAUAGGGAUCUUAACUCCAACAACUGCCUAGUCAAAGAAGAUAAAACAGUUGUGGUGGCAGAUUUUGGCUUGGCCAGAAUAAUGCCACAGAACAACUGGACAGCUGAGCGAAAGAAAUUUGGGAAAAAACAUGCAAGAAAGAAAAGAUAUACUGUUGUGGGGAACCCCUACUGGAUGGCCCCAGAGAUGAUGAAAGGCAACAAAUAUGACGAGAAGGUGGAUAUCUUCAGCUUUGGUAUAAUUCUGUGUGAGAUCAUUGGAAGGGUCGAGGCAGAUCCAGACUACAUGCCUCGCUCCAUGGACUUUGGCCUUAAUGAGUCAGUCUUCCAGGCUAAGUACUGCAUAGAUUGUCCUGAGCCUUUCUACAAAAUUGCCUUCAUGUGCUGCAACAUUAACCCUGAUGCAAGACCUCCAUUUGAAGUACUAGAAGUAUGGCUUGAAGGGCUGGCCAUGCAUUUUACAGUUGGAGCUCCCAUUCCUUCAAAUCUGCUGGUUGAUAUUUAUAGUUUCCAUGGACGGAGUAAUAGCAGCUCUUCUGAAGCAUCUACUCCAGAAGCUGGAACACCAGACUGCAGACAGCCUCCCCCCCUUCUACGGACAAUCAGUGAAGGAACCUACACGACCAUUGACAGCCUUAGCUCCGCAUCGUCCUUCUCAAAGUCAGAUCUGCCUGAGUUUGACCCUCAGGAUGCAAUUAUAGAUGAUACAUGUUGGGACUUAAAGCAGAGGCUUUCUUUAGAAGCUAUAAAGGCAAACUGGAAAGAUGAAAGCAUAGAUAGAGUGGACUCGGCAAAUCUUAGGUUCCAAGAUGAAAGUAUGAAGAAGUGUGCAAGAAUUCCAAGUCCUGCCCCCUACCCUCACCCUCAGUCCAGUGGUGUGUCAGGAGACGUAGAGUGUACACAGCUAUGAUUUAUCUGGGAAGUGGAAAGUUAUUUUAUGCUUCAUAUCCCUGAUUUUAAAAGUGCAUCAUAAUAGGAUAAAUUUUUCAGUUGAAGUAUUACAUAAAGUCUGUACAAAAGUUGACCUAAAGCAUUCCUUUUAUCGUGAUGUUAGCAUCUUCCACACAUUUAGUAAAGGGUUUAUAGACAGCCCCUCGUAAAGACCUUGAUUCCAUUUCUUAUUAUCUGUUGUCUCACUAGCAUAAAGCAUUCCUUUAUCCUUGAAUUCCUGUUAUUUCCAGGUAAUAAAAGGUCUGGAAUAAGAUGUCUGUAAAUGCAUUUUAUAAAAUACGUUGGAAGCAGUAUAUUUUUGUAGAUCAGCAGAGCUUAUUUUUUUCUAUAAAUGGUAAAAAAAGAAAUAUAGUCUAACGCAUUUGUUGCUUCACCUUCAUAAAUUGUUUUACCAUUUAUAUAAUUAUUUUAGAUGCAUAUAUACAUGAUGUUAUAUGGCAUUUUCAUCACUGUUUUGAACUAUUCAUCAAAAGUUUAUUUAGUCUUACCAUAGAGUGGUAGUAUUUAGAAUUCCAUGCCAAGGAAACCUAAAUUUUCACAGCCCUUUACUUGAAAUUCUUGCUACCUCAAAUAGACUACUUAACAUGAAGGCUUUAUCCAAGCUACUCUAAUAUUUAUUUUUAGCUGAGGGAAGCUCAUUUACUGUUUGUACAGAUAUUUUAGGCUGUUACAUGUUUUAUCAGAUAUAGUUCUUGUGCAGCAAUGUAUUUGAAAGAGCAAUAGUAGUAGUUUGAUGAACAUCACUGCUAUACUUGGGUCUACAAUUCACAUAACUUAAUUAAAGAAAAGUUUAUAUCGUAGAGAAAUAUUUGUUUUAACUCAUAAUAAGGCUUAGCCUUAACAUCUUUACAUCAGCUGCAUGACAAUAUUUAGGAAUCCAUAAACAAUAUCUAAGUCAGUUUAAAAUACUGCAUGACCUUUAACAUUUGAUGGUGGAACACAAUGGGGAGGUGGGCUGCUUGCUGGAAUAGCCAUUAAGUGAUUGUGGGAGAAUAGUGGACAGAAUGAACUUUUUCAUUGUCUUGUUGUUACUUCAUCUCAUUAUUUUUUUUCCAGAACUCAGAUCACUGUUUCUCCAAGCUGUUACUGAUAUAUAGCAAUCACUGUAAAACAAAAUGAGAUUAAUAUAGCCUAUAACAUCUUG